UAUCAAAGGGCUGCCCAGCUUCCAGGGACAGUCCUGGGAGAGAAAUCACAGCAGUUAUGUGGCUAUACUGGCUCCUGCUCGUCCUUCUGCUUCUCGUAGUACUCAGGAGGCUCCUCGGGGGCAGUAGCUCCCCCAACCCUUUCUCUGCUGACUGCAGGAGGCCACCUGCCCCCUUGGUGACUGACAAGGAUGUUCGGAAAAAGGUUAUCAAACAAGCUUUCUCUGCUGCCAAGGUCCCCGAGAAUCUGGAUGCUGUUGUGAUCGGAAGUGGCAUUGGGGGGCUGGCCGCAGCCGUGCUCCUCUCCAAAGCUGGGAAGCGAGUGCUGGUGCUGGAGCAGCAUGGGAAGGCGGGCGGCUGCUGCCACACCUUCAGCAAGAAGGGCUUUGAGUUUGAUGUAGGUAUUCAUUACAUAGGGCAGAUAGGAGAGAGGUCCCUCAUGCGUUUCCUUGUGGACCAGCUCACGGAAGGGCAGCUGCAGUGGUCCAAGAUGCCAUCUGUCUUUGAUGCAGUAGUUCUGGGGGAGCCUGGAAACGGCAAAACGUAUCGCCUGUACAGCGGGAAGAAGGAGUAUGUCGAAGGGCUAAAGAAACAGUUUCCAGAUGAAGCCGUGGCUAUUGAGAAAUUUGUGAGACUUGCACAGAGAGUUGCCCGAGGAAGAAUGCACAUGGCUAUUGUGAAAAUGGUACCUGUGCCCCUGGUCAAGUUCCUGAGCCGCACCGGCCUGCUGGCAUGGUUCUCCCCGUUCUUGAAGAUGACAUCCCGAAGCUUGACAGAUGUGGUCAGUGAACUCACCACAAACGAAGAGCUCAGAGCGGUAUUUAGCUAUAUCUUUCCCACUUAUGGAGUGCUUCCAGCCAGCACCAGCUUCUCCCUACAUGCCAUUCUUGUGGAUCACUAUAUGGAAGGGGCCUGGUAUCCCCGAGGCGGCCCCAGUGAAAUCGCCUUCCACACCAUCCCGGUGAUCAAGCAGGCUGGCGGGGCUGUUCUAACCAAGGCGCCGGUGCAGAGCAUUUUGCUGAAUGCAGACGGCAAAGCCUGUGGUGUUAGCGUACAGAAAGGCCAAGAUCUCGUGAACGUCUUUGCUCCUAUUGUGAUUUCUGACGCUGGAAUAUUUAACACCUAUGAGCGGCUAUUGCCAGCAGAGAUAAGAACUUUACCUGAUAUUCAGGCUCAGCUUCGCAUGGUGGAUCAUGGCAUAUCAGGGUUCAGUGUCUUCAUAGGACUCAACGGCUCAACGGAAGAACUGGGACUGGAAGGCACAAACUACUUCAUCUACCCGCAUCAGAACCUGGAUGAAGCCAUGAAUUGCUUCCUUACUGCCUCCAGAGAAGACGCUGCAGAGACCAUUCCUAUGCUCUUUGUUACAUCUCCGUCCUCCAAGGACCCCACCUGGCAGGAGAGAUACCCAGGCAAGUCGACUCUGUGCAUCGUGGCAUUUGCACAGUACGAAUGGUUUGAAGAAUGGAAAGAGGAGAUGGUCCAGAAGAGGGGAGCGGAAUAUGAGAGCCUGAAAAACGCUAUGGUAGAGUCCAUUCUGAAGACAGUUUUGAAACUCUACCCUCACCUAGAGGAUAAGAUUGAGUGCAUAUCAUCCGGGUCUCCGCUCACCAACCAGCACUACAUAGCUUCCCCCAAAGGAGAGCUUUAUGGAGCUGCCCAUAGCAUCUCUCGCCUGCAGGCAGAAGCUGCUGCCGCAUUACGCCCUCAGACCUGUGUGCCAAACCUCUACCUGACAGGAAUGAAGGGGAUAAAGUCCACUAGCGGAGAACCCUGAAGGGUGUGAUGGUGAGGGCACAGCAGACCAGGAUUUCUCUGAGAAAGGAGGGAUGUCGUGUGAGCUACUGAGAGACUGGCUCCAAGACCUGAGACUUGGGGGAAGGCAAGCAAGUCAGAGCAGACAGUCUUCGGCAAGGUGGGCUGGGGUAAGGAAAGAGCAGCGCUGAGGUUAGUGCCAGGGGAGGGGGAAGGAAGAGGGGAAACAAGCAAACCAAAAUCUCCGGCAAGAACCAUAGCAAGUGAAGAGGGGGCUGAGCGAGGCCACCGGCCGCGGCGCUGUCUUACUGAGCCAGCAGGCAGGCAGCUCCCGUGCUGCUGCUCAGAGCUUUGCCAAGCCACAGAGCAACCCCAGCAAGGCCCUUCUGCUGCUUCUCUUCAGAGCCCCCGAGGGCCGCAGGGAAGCCAUCAAGACCCCUCGUUUCAUGCUGCUAAAGCUCUGAGCAGCAGAGCCUGCUGUUUAGUCAAGGGGAGGAUGGCACCCAAUAGAGACAAGGGCACAAGUAGAACAGACCCGCUCCCCUUGCAGCAGCAGGGAGCACUGGAGGCUCAGUCUUUCCUUCCAGCUACUAACAGCACCUAAUCACCAGAGGAGAUACAGGACAGCACCCGGGUAGAAAUCUGGGCACCCUGCCCCUUAGCACCUGCUGGGAGCAGCAGCCCUGGACCUUGCCUUCUGCCCACCUGGCACGUUAGCGUCUCCCUCUGGUGAGUAGGUGUCUCCACUGUGAGUCUGAGCAGUUCAGUGUUGGAGGAAGUGGCUAGUGGGGGCCUCAUCUUCCCUGAUACCUCAGUUAAGGUGCUAGAAGAGGAGGCAGGGGAACAGUCCAAAGGCACAAAUAGCAGCCAGAUGCCCAGCUUCCAAUGGCGAACGGGCUGCCUGGAGAGCUGCCCUAAGUGCAUGUGUUUGGCUCAGCUGGGGAGCUGUGACCAGCAGGGAGCUUCCCGUGCUCAUGGGACUCGGCCUGGAGGAAUGCUGACGAGCACCUGCCAGGAGAGGAGCUGGCUCAGCCGUGCGGCGGGAGGGAGAUGCCAGUAGCUCGGGGAAGGCCAAGGGCGCAGCAGGUUGGAUACAGCAGCAACGAAGGCCGAGGCAAAAGGGUGCAUGUCCUGGAGCGCUGCUCUCAGUGGGCGGCAGAUAGGGCGGGAGUGUUCUGGGGAAAGGCAGAGGUCAGGCAGGACCUAGGAUUGGCUGUAGCGCCUGGCUGUCAGGGUAACCCCCUGCAGGAGUGGCUGAUUGCCGGGCUCUCCACCAGCCUCGCUGGGUUCAGCACAACCCCAGGCUGAGGUGCCCCCUCGGAGCGGGUCCCA